GGUGAAAAAAAAAAAAAAAAAAGAUGGCGGCCUGUGGAUGGUAGAGCGGCGUAGCGUUUCUGUCGGCGAAAAAGUGGAUAUAUUCUAUUUAAAAAAAUAAAAAAAUCAAUCAACCCGUCUUUAACAUUUGCACGAGUAUAUUAUAUGCGCGUGUAGUUAAAUACAAGUGGAGAAUCUGUGGUUUCUUGAGCGCGUGCGUUUUUAAUCCCAACGUGAUUUGGACGGAAUGGCGGCGAUCGCAGCCAAACGCGAAGGCCCGCAGUUCAUCAGCGAGGUUGCGGUGAGGGGCAACGCCGGGGUGCUUGAAUACUGCCGCACCUCCGUUUCAGCUCUGUCCGGUGCCACAGCGGGCAUCCUGGGUCUCACGGGCUUAUACGGGUUCAUCUUCUACUUUCUGGCGUCCUUCCUGCUCUCGGUGCUGCUUAUCCUAAAAGCCGGUCGACGGUGGAACAAGUGCUUCAAGUCCAGACGCCUGCUUUUCACCGGAGGCCUCGUGGGCGGAUUGUUCACCUACGUGCUCUUCUGGACUUUCCUUUACGGAAUGGUGCACGUGUACUAAAGGCGUGCAACGCUGCUCUACGCGUGCAUUUAGUGCAGACGUUCCAAGAAAAUAUCCUCCUAGUCCCUCAGCAUGGUCAUUUAAUUGAAUGUUUCAACAUUUGUUUGCAUUUGAUGGCACUGAACUGAUUCUGACCUGCAGUGAACCUGUUUUUAGUUGUCAUUAAUCAGAUCCUUUUAAUUUAUUCAUUUGGUCAUCUACAGUGACAGAUUUUUGUCUUUGGUCAGGGUUGAGGUGGAUCUGGAGCCUAUUUUGGGAAUACACCCUUUGAGGAGAUACCAAUCCAGCACAGGAUGUGAUGCGCACACACACACACACACACACACACACACACACACACACACACACUUACACCAAUGUUGUGUAGUCAGUCUGCCUAAAUGUGUGUAAGGCAAAAUGAAAGCAGAGAACUGGAGAAAACCUACACAGACCUGAAAAUCAUGUAAAACUCCACACACACAAUGUAACCCAAACCCAUGAUUGACCUGGGCUCUGGAGCAGUAAAACAUUAACACUACCCGCUGUGCCACCUUGAUACAUGUAUCACAGUUAUUAAUCAUGUUUCUAUUUAAGAUUAUUAUUAAAUAACUAGAAGGCUUUUUGUAUAGUUGAAUUGUACACAGUUGGGGUAUCUCCUUUUUUUUUUUUUGUUCCACCCCACAAAAAAAAGUCAUCUAACAUUGUCGUAAACAGCACACGCAGAGGAAACAAAACUCCUGGUGACUAUACAUAUGAUACUUCGUCAUAUCAAUAUGUUGAUAUGCGAUUAUCUCGGAGUUUGCAUUUGAGCGUACUAGCAUUAGAAGUGUAAUUCCAUUAUGAGAAAUAGAAAAUAAAUUUAAAAAAUCUAAAUAAUUUUAACCAACUCCUGACUCAUGUGGCAUUGUGUGUAUUUCUGUGGUUUCUUAUAAACAAAUAAAUCACUCAUGAAUGCAA